CAAGCUGGGUUCGACCUCCCCGAGCCCCCAGCGAGACAGACCAUCCUCCCGACUCCGGUCUCUCAGACACGAGAGCGGCGGCGGCGGCGAGGGAAAGGAGGAGAAGGAGGAGGAGGUGGUGGGGAUGCAUUCCUUCGGCUACCGCGCAAACGCCGUCGUGACGUUCGCCGUCACGAUCCUGGCGGUGAUGUGCUCUCUUGCCUCCCUCUCGGACAACUUCAACGUCCCCACCCCCACCGCUGACGUCAAGGUCUUAAACAUAAACUGGUUCCAGAAGCAACCAAACGGAAAUGAUGAGGUCAGCUUGACAUUGAAUGCCUCGGCCGAUCUUUCAUCUAUGUUCACUUGGAAUACUAAACAGGUAUUUGUUUUUGUAGCAGCUGAGUAUGAGACCCCUCAAAAUGCCUUGAAUCAGGUUUCACUUUGGGAUGGAAUAAUACCAUCAAAAGAGCAUGCUAAAUUUUGGAUUCACACGACAAACAAGUACCGUUUUAUUGACCAGGGAAGCAAUCUCAGGGGCAAGGAUUUCAACUUGACGCUGCACUGGCAUGUCAUGCCCAAGACUGGCAAGAUGUUUGCUGAUAAAAUAGUUAUGACCGGGUAUCACCUCCCUGAGGAGUACAGAUAGAAGGAUGUGCGUUAUUUCCUCCCUUUUUGUUUAAUUUUGAGGGAUAGGCACAGUGGUAUAUCACUAUGAUCGAAUUGACCAGACAUUCAAAUAUCAGAGGACAAAGAUUGAGACUUCACUGACCUUUUGUACUUUAGAUCUGGUUUUGGUCUCUCGUAUCAUCCUUUUGCGGCCCCACAUAAAUUAAGGCGGGCAGCAAAUAUUUUUUGGUAAAAUUAGACGUGCUUUAUUCUUCUU